CCGCGGGCAGAGCCAGAGCGGCGGGAGCCCAAGCCCGGGCGCGCUGCCCUGGGAGCGCGCCGUCCGGGCCGAGCACUGCUGCAGCUGGCCUUCCGUGCGCAGCAGAGGGAAGGGCCGGUGCUGACGGGGGCGAGGGUCUCGAGCUCCAGUGCCUAGUCCAGAGCUGCCGGGCUGCCCGCUGCCCCUGCUGUCCCGGUGGGCUCGGCCCCACCCGCCACCUGCGUCCCGGUAGCGCCAUGGAUCCUUCGGAGAAGAAGAUAUCGGUGUGGAUCUGCCAGGAGGAGAAACUGGUGUCCGGUCUCUCCCGCCGAACCACUUGCUCGGACGUAGUGCGGGUGCUCUUGGAGGAUGGCUGCCGGCGGCGACGGCGGCAGCGGCGGGGCCGGCGGCGGGGGGUGGCCGGCGACCCGCCAGGCCCAGGGGAGCUGUCGGAACCCCUGGACGAGGACGACGAGGACGACGAGGACGACGACGAGGCGCUGCCUCAGGGCAUGCUGUGCGGGCCCCCGCAGUGCUACUGCAUCGUGGAGAAGUGGCGGGGCUUUGAGCGCAUCCUGCCCAACAAGACGCGCAUCCUGCGCCUCUGGGCCGCCUGGGGCGAAGAGCGAGAGAACGUACGCUUCGUGCUGGUGCGUAGCGAGGCGUCGCUGCCCAACGCGGGGCCCCGCAGUGCCGAGGCGCGCGUUGUGCUUAGUCGCGAGCGCCCCAGCUCCGCCCGGGGGGCCCCGGCGCGGCCUAGCCUAGCCAUGACCCAGGAGAAGCAGCGGCGGGUGGUGCGCAAGGCCUUCCGCAAGCUGGCCAAGCUCAACCGGCGGCGCCAGCAGCAGCCGUCGUCGCCCUGUUCGUCCACUUCGUCGUCCACAGCCUCGUCCUGCUCGUCGUCGCCGCGGGCCACCGAGAGCGCGUCGGUGGAGCGCAUGGAGACGCUGGUGCAUCUGGUGCUCUCCCAGGACCACACCAUCCGUCAGCAGGUGCAGCGGCUCCGGGAGCUGGACCGCGAGAUUGAUCGCUACGAGGCCAAGGUGCAUCUGGACCGCAUGCGGCGGCACGGAGUGAACUACGUGCAGGACACCUACUUGGUGGGAGCAGGCAUUGAGCUCGACGGGCCCCGCCCGGGAGAGGAGCCGGAGCCGAAGCCUGAGGCGGCGACGGCGACGGCGACGCCGCCCCUGGACGGCGAGGCGCAGGCGGUCGCGCUGGAGGAGCUGGCCCGGCGCUGCGACGACCUGCUGCGGUUGCAGGAGCAGCGGGCCCAGCAGGAGGAGUUGCUCGAGCGCCUCUCCGCCGAAAUCCAGGAGGAGCUGAACCAGAGGUGGAUGCGGAGGCGCCAGGAGGAGCUGGCAGCGCGGGAGGAGCCCCCGGAGCCCGAUGGCGGCCUCGACGGUGAGCUGCUGCUGGAGCGGGAGCGGGUCAGGACGCAGCUCAGCACCAGCCUCUACAUCGGGCUCCGGCUCAACACGGAUCUGGAGGCCGUCAAGUCGGACUUGGAUUACAGCCAGCAGCAGUGGGACAGCAAGGAGCGCGAGCUGCAGGGCCUUCUCCAGACUUUGCACUCCUUGGAGCUGACGGUAGCGCCCGAAGGAAGUCCGGUUUCGAGCGGACCCUCGCAGGAAGCCCGACCUCAGGCCUGCGCCGAGGUGUGGGUGGACCAGGCCCGCGGACUGGCCAAGAGCUGUCCCGGGAACGACGAGGACUCGGAUACCGGGCUGAGCUCUAUGCACAGCCAGGACUCGGACUCGGUGCCUGUGUGCGAAUCCCUUGUGUAGGAGGAGCGGGGUGGGAGAGGGAGACGGCCGCCUCUCCCUCACUCGUAGAAAGCACCGGCUUGACCGGCUCAGGGACGUGAAACCGGGCGGGGAGUGGGCCCGGACCUUGUGCCGGGCAGCGGCGCUCCUCUGGCCGCGGACUGAAUGUGGAGGAUGUUGCCCGACGAGGAAGCCGGGUCUCCAUUACAGGCUGUUUCAGGGGAAGGAAGGAGGGAGGAGGUGAGAACCCCCUUAUAUUGGAAAACAGAUGCCCCAGGAAACUGACGUGGUCCGAGCCCAUUUUCAAAAAAGAGAAAAAAAAAAGUGUUAUGGAGAUUUCUCUAAUCUUUUGUAUGGGAAGGACUGAUGGCAGCUAGAACUUUAGUUUGUGGUAUAAAGUGCUUUUUAAAGAAACACUUGGAUGAAAAGGAAAUUCCUUGAAUGUUAAUUGUGACUGUGAACGUGUUAAAACUAGCCAAAGAGGACGCACUGGUGUUGGUCUCAGCCUUACUCACAUCUUUGAUAAAACCCAUAGGCACCAAAAUCCUGGCUGUUUACAUUUCUGCAGAUCUGGGAAUUACCCAUCUGCUAAACUCUUGGCCUUUUAUUUUCUUUCAAAGACUAACUCUUUCUCCUCCUAGCAAAUACAGUGUAUGUUGAAAUGGGGACCUUUUUCCAAAAUCACCUUUCAUUAUUAUAAAAAGCCAAACCUAACCCUUUGAGAUAUAGAAUCGUGGUAGACAUAUCCCCUGGUUAAAAUUUAAUCUAGGCCCUUUGCGAUUUACUCCUGCAAAGGUAUGUGUGUUGUCCUUUUAUUCUUAUUGCCACUUCAUUCCCUUCAGACACUGUUAUUUCAAAAAAAAUAAAAGGGAAGUCGCAGAAUUCAAGUACAACUACAUUUGCUGUUUAAGGAGCACUCUGGUUGAAAGGUAAGCCUUGAAAGCAAAGAUCUUUGUUAGUGUUCAGCUUUUCAGCUAAGCUAUGUGUAAAAGCAACCAUGACCUCAACAGAUUUUACCAAACAAACCCAAGUCUAACUUCAGUAUCUUUGGUCAGAGAUUAAUUAGUUACUUGUCCAAGCCUAAAUUGAGAUAGUGUAAAUAUCAAGGUUUACUAGAUAAGACCUGAAAAGAAAACAUAAAACAAUCUAAUAGUACACCUUAGGUGAAGAAUUUGGUUAACAACGGCACGUAGCCAUAGAUAAAAGCAUAUAAAAUUGACUAAAGAUUUGACUUGAAUUACCCUUGUCCAGCUCACACCUUUGCAGACACCACAGCAUGCAAGUGCAAUGCUUCUCUCUUAAUAGCUAGUGACAGAGCCCUGUGGGGACUCCAUGUAAUUGUUCCAGUUAUUUCAAUGAAAACUUAUCAGUUGUAGCUAGUUGUUGCCCUGGUGGAAGGAGCCUGCUGGCGGCGUUCCCUCCGGAGCUCAGAACUCCUGAGGAAUGUGGGAUCUAAUCUGUCCUGAGGAGGUAUUAACAAUGGGGUGUGUGUGUGGUGCCAGCCUGGUAUCAACCUAACUGUGCAGGGGCUGGCUCCAGUUUCAACACUACAUGGGAAGAUAACUUAAGAGGUCUUGCUUUAUAGAGAAAUUUCUUUCCUUGAAGAGAUUUUCUGUCUGCUUGUUGCCAAGAGGGGCCUGCCCACCUGACCUCCUCAAACCAUUUGAGCUCUCUCUUUUUUAGAGAUAGCUCUCCCCUACCGUCCCCCACUGCCAUACGAUUACAACAUGUGUAGCUAUUUUUAGAUUUUCGAGUAAAAGGCCGUUUUCUUAAUUGAUGUUUUCCAAAGACAUUAGCUGGCAUAAUUAUGGUUUUUUCAUUUCGUCUGAUGCAGAAGACAUCUAUGCAUUUGGUCUUGAGCGUGAUUAAAAUGAGGAAGGGACCAAAAGAAACCCACUGUCCCUAGACAAUCAUUUGAUCCCAUAAACACAAAGCCUAAUGAUAGCUUUCUUUUGGAGGCAGAGGUAAAAUCCUCAUUAGAGUGUGACAAACGCUGCUUGUGUGAAUGGUUUGUGCUGGCAAUAGGCUGACCUGGUGGUUUUAAAAUUAUUGUGCUUUCCCCUCCACGCACCCCCCUCCCAGGAUGGUAGGGGAGGGGGUUCUUGGACGUUUAUUAACUCAAAAGAGAACACAAAAGUUGGCAGAACAGGACUGCCUGGCAGAAAGGGGCUGUUUUCCUUUUCACUAUUAUUAUUUUAAACUUUGAUGGGCUGCUGACGUCAGCAAAUAUGCCUGAAGCCUGUAAAGCAAAUAAGCCACAUCACAGGGAGAAGGCCUGCAGGAUUUUCUGGUGCCCUUUCUAGAACCUUCCUGUCCUGGCCACCUGAACAUGCUUCUCCAGUCAACUCUUCAGGCAGUGAAGGAGGUUUUGUUUAUAACAAAGGGUGGCCCAGUCUGCCCAUUUUUUUCUUUCAUCCAAAUCAAUUAUAUCCCCCCGCAAAGGCACUUUCUGUGUGGGUAGGAGAAAGGAGAAGGGGGGAGUGGGGGAAGGAGACAAUAGUUCCUUUUACUAAGAACUUUUGCAAGCCUGAGGAAGGUGAAAUAUGGAGAUAAAAAGUACCAAAACAAUGCCUGUGCCUAGAAAGUGCCUAACAAGUGCACCUGGGAAAACUGCCUCCUCUCCUGUUCUCCAAGCCUAACAGAAAUCCCGGGGAGAAACCAGCAAGCUUGUGGAGGAGAGUAUGAGAUGGAGUAGACUCCUUACCAACUAGCCCUAUACUUUUUUGGAACUGACAGAGUUUAUUAUGUCUUUGAUCUUAAUGAUACCAUUCUGGGCCAUCUCCCAAACCAAAAAGAUUUUAUCUGGCAUCUCCAUCUGUUUACUUCUUUAUAAAACAUCAUGGUUAUGAUGAUGAUUUGCUAAUAGUCUUUGUGAUGGUCCUGAAAAUAAAUAAGAAGAAAGAAAAGUCAAUCAAAAUCUCAUCACCAAAAGCUUGUCACCACCAAAAUUUGGUAUAUUUCCUUCCUGACCUUUUGAAUUCUGAAGUUUUCAUAUUUUAUUUCUUUUUUCUUUAAAUAUAAUUUUAAUGAGAUUGUCUAUAUGCUUUAGGAUCAGGUUUUGACAGACUCCUUGUAAAUGACUCCAUCUAUCUGUUGGAUGCACGAUUGUGUGUAUAACUGUUCUCAUGUUAUUAGGUAGUUCCCCCAAAUUUUUUACUAUUAUAAAACAACACUGUGAUAAGCUUCUUUGUGUACAUAUUUGUUUCCCUAAUUAGACACCCCUCUCCACCCUUAAGGUAAGUUUCCAGAGAGAGAAUUCCCAGGUCAAAGAGUACAAACUUUUAAAGGCUUGAUACUUAAUUGCCAGAUUGCUUUUCAAAAGAUUUGGUCUAAUUACAAUCUUCCAUGCAUAAUAGGGCCUAUUUCCCCACACCUUGACUUUCAUUAGAUGUUGUAUUUUGUUAAGAAAGUAUUUUAACCAAAAUUAAUUAAUUAAUUCAUUGGGGCCCCAGGAAUUCAGGACUGGCAACUACUGACGUAAAAUAUCCUUACAGCCUGAAGGGCAGGUCAUUUGACCGGAAGUGUUAAGAGGACACGGUGGUUUCUCUUCUUCCCACUUCCUUAUCUUCCCUGAACUCUGCUUAUUAAUAGCGUUCUUGUCUCAUAUCAGAGCUGAACAAUGAUCCAUCUGAGCAGGAGGGCCCAAAACUCUACGUGAGCGAGAUUAAGGGGAUUAACGAAUAGAAUCAGAUUUAUAAAAAGAAAAUAUUCAUUACCUUUUUUCAUUUUGAGUCUAGUAGAAAAGGUUAUGCUUAGAAGGUGAUGUCAUAAAACAUAUUUGAUUUUGUGCUUCUCUCUACCUACCCCUAUCAAAAAUUAAAUCAGGGGCUUCCUAGGUGGCGCAGUGGUUGAGAAUCUGCCUGCCAAUGCAGGGGACACGGGUUCGAUCCUUGCUCCAGGAAGAUACCACAUGCUGCGGAGCAACCAAGCCCGUGUGCCACAACUAAAAAAAAAAAAAAAAGAAAUUAAAUCAAAAUAAACUCAUAAGCCCUCUAAUUAACAGUUUAGAUUUUUCUAGGCAUUUCUUUCUAUAUGUGAUACUAUACCUGAGUUCACCCUUACAUUCUUGAA